AUGGGCUUGGUUCAUAUAAGCGAGGAGAAGAGAAAGGCGGUUGUGGAUCUCGGCAAUGUGGAGCUCCAGCGAGUCGCCUCCAUCCUCCAGUCCGUGGUAAGCAAGCUUGGCGACGACAGCCCCGUGGAGCUCGCCAGGCUAUGGUCGCUCGGCGCUAAAUGCCACAAGCCCACGCUCACUGUGAAUGUUGUCACGCCAUCCGCCGCCGCCCUCAAGCAGCGCUUGGCGAUCCAGCGCCAGAACUUGGAACCCAAUCUCUCCAUCGCCCCCGCCUUGCAACCCAUCCCUCCACCACCGCCUCCUCCAUCAGCUUCUUCAUCUUUGUUCUUCACCACCACCACCAACAGUGCUACCGACGCUCCAUCGCCAUCGCCCCCUCUUGCAGUGGCAAGCCGAGGAUUCGGCCAGUCUCUCGAGGAAGCCUUCGCCGGGCUGGGCCGGCUCAAAGAUCCCGAGAAGGAGAAUCAAAAUGCGGUAUCUCCAGUGCUGGAAGCUCCUCAAGUUGGCGGUGGUCUCCAAGAGAAUGAGCCCAAGCUGGAAGGCUCUUGCUUUGGAGCUUGCAAGCUUCGCAGGCUGUCCGUGGAGAUGAGUCCCUGGAAAGGAUGCCUCGCGACUCCAUCGUCCGAGCACAAUAACUCGGCCAUCUCGGCGCUUCUCUACUGUCCGGUGCUCGAGGCCUUCUCGGGGGACUGGGAGCAGAAAGGCUGGCUCUUCUCAGCGUCACACAACCUUCUCAAUCUCUGGGUGUGCUCUCGAAAGCCAGUCGGCCACCCUCUCGAGCUGAUGCAUUCGCAAAACACUGCCACCGUCGUGGAUGCCAUGGACGUCGACAUGGGUGUCAAGGUGAUCAUGUCCGUGGGCUCUCCUCGGCCGGGAAGGCCCUUUCGGGUUGCUCUCCACAGCCUCCAGACGAAGAACUUAUUCGAGCCUCUGGGAACGAUCCAAAUCCCGGAGAGAACUUCUCCCGAGUUCCUCAAGCAGAUCUACGCCGGGUCCUCGAGAAUGGUUCACGUCUCGUCCCUCCAGCCUUUCAAAGGACCUCUCAAGACAGCUCUAGCUGUUGGUCUCGGGGGAGAUGUCCUGGUCUACGAGCUGGCCGCCGCGUCGACAGUGGAGGCCAUCGUCGCUCCAAGAGCUUCGUGGAGAGCUCACGACACCGCCAUCUCGUGCAUGCAUCCCAGCGCGUUUUGCUGCAGCAUCAUCACCGGUGCCUGCGAUGGAUCGAUCAAGCUCUGGGACCUGAGAAGCAAGCCCACGCUUCCCUCCCGCCAGUGUGGACACCAGAAGCAAGUAACCGGCCUUGCAGUGCUCGACGCCACCACCCUUUGCAGCUCCGGCACCGACGGCUCCAUCCACUUCUGGGACUUGCGCUCGACCAACCGAGCUUUCGCCAGCGUCAUUCCGGACGGGAAGCCGGUGCUCAACAUGGCGUCGGCGUCGUCGUCGCCGAGCUUGAUCGCCUUCACGACGCGGCAGAGCCUCUACUGCCUCGAGUUUUGCGGGCCGCAGGGGAUGACCACCAUGCUCUCGCCGCUACGGCCUCUCCCUCCGGCGGGGCCUUGCACGGCGGUCAAGUGGAACACCAACAGCAAGCACGUCUACGCCGCUGGCGUCGAUGGAACCAUCAGCGUCUUCAAGAAUGCGUCGUCCUCGUCUUGAAGAAGAUCAAGGCUUUCGAGACCGCGUUGGCCGAUCGUUUUAAGUUCGUCUUCUUUCAAAGCUCUUGCCACGCGUAGUAUCAUCUCAUGUCAUGAGAAUGGAGACGAAGAAUCAGCUCUCUAUCAAUUCAUACUUGACGAAGGUGGCGAACCCAGCACGGCGACUUUGGUUUUUAAAUCUCUUUUCUAGUCUCGCGAGCAAAGGAGAUGCAUCGAAGGGAGAUUCCCGAAGAGAGGAAUACACUGAAAGUGGUGAA